AUGCUCUUGCGUGUGAAACCGUUUGCAGCGGUCUCUAAGCAGCUACCGAGAGAUUUCGCCUCGGAUGAGAGAUUAGGAGCUGGCGGUGGAGGAGAAGAAGAAAGUGAAGAAAGGGGGAGGAAGAGGACGAGCGACCUGCAAGAAACUGGGGAAAAGAAACUGGCAUCUCUCGCUCCAUCGCGUCUGCUUGGUGGCAGCAGGCCCGUCGACUGUAAGAGGAAACCGGGGGCUGGAUUUAAAAUGUCGCAGGGAAGAGCUGGUGAGUCGGCUGGUGCUGUGCAGCUGAUCUGAAGCCUCUUUACACAUAAAAAACAAGCGAAUUAAGCAGCAUAUCCUUUGUUUUCCACAAGAGAGAUACAAUUUUUGUAUGUUAUGUCGAAAGAUUGUCACAGUAUUGCUUUUGUUGUGCUAAUAUUGCACACGAGUGCUUGCACAGGCCUUUGCACAGGAGAUGCAGAUCAGCUAAUCACCUGCACCGAAGGCUAUCUGGAGACCAUUGAUAACAAGGCGCUGUUCCUGCCCUAGCUGCGCCUAUCAUUUCACAAGAGCCAUAAUGUUACAGGAAAAUACAGGCUAACAUGAGCCCCUGUUAUCAUUUUAGUCGCGCAAAGCUUUCCUAUGUAACCGGGUAUUUUAUCAGGGAACUGUGAUAUUUGGUUAACUAAUGUGCAGACACCAGCUUUGUUCCACAAACGCCCCAUUAACCCGAGAACACUAUCGCUAAAAUUAGUAACACCAUCACUAUCACAUCACCGGGGGAUUUUUACCCGAAAUAAUAUACCCAAGAAAAAGUACUUGACAUCAAAAUAUAUCAAAAUAGGACAAUACAUGACAAAUUAAAGUAGUUUUCUUUUAUUUUUAACUGUGCAGUGUCCAAAGGGAGGGUCAUGAGGGGACCAUGUAAAAAUGCAACAAAAUAACUAAAAUUAGGCAUUCAUGAACAAAAAAUUCCUAACAUAGAUAUAUAUUUAGAAACUGUAAACUUAGUCUUCUUCCCUGGUGAAGACUCAGGGUCCUUGGCACAAUAACAGCUGCAGGAGAGAGAACCAAAACAUGGCAGAUUUUGAGUGAAUAAAAAUGACCAGCUGACUCAAAUAUUUCUUAUUACCAUAUGAAUCCUCUUGAAAAUUACUACUUUGUGAUAGUUAUUCAUAACCACUGCGCUAAAUAAAGAUAGCAUGCAAAUUCCAGGAUCACUCUUAAUGACCUUAUUCGCCCACAUGCAGCUAUCAAAUCCACCCAAACCUACUUCACCCUCUAUCACUAUUGCUGGGUGGCAGUAGCUCAGGAGGAACUGGAAGGUUGGCGGUUUGAUUCCCCCCUAUCCUAGCCUGUCCGUUGUGUUCUUGGGCAAGACACUUAACCCACCUUGCUCCCAGUGUGUGUCUUCCACUGGUGUAUGAUUGUGAGUGUUGUGUGGUGGUGGUCACAGAGGCCGUAGGCGCAAAAUGGCAGCUUUGAUUCCGUCAGUCUGCCCCAGGGCAGCUGUGACUACUAAGGUAGUUUACCACCACCAGGGUGUGACUGUGUGAGUGAUUGAAUGAUGUAUUUUAAAACCACCGAACACGUGCCUGUAGGAAAAAGCAGGUUUUGGAUCAGGGAAACAAAUAAGCCUUCAAAGAUGUCAAAGGCAAUGCUGAAGCUACCCAGGGACCCAUGAUACUCAGACAAAAGCAACAUAAUGAAAAUCAUGUAAACAUGUUUGGUCGGGUGAAAAUCCCCCAGCGAUAGUGUUCUAGGGUUAAAAUGUCACUGCUGCGAAGAAGCUAGUCUAAAUAAAGAAGCUAACGUGGCAUUUGUUCAUGGCUGCUAAUCAUUUCAGCUAACAGGAGACUACACUAAGAUAAAGCUGCUGGUGUUUUAUUUCUCAGGGUCUCUUUGUGUUUCACAGGAUGCUUGGUGAUGAAGGCAGAAAGAGAAGGAGAGAGUGGAGUGAGCGCUUCCUGGUUCAGCACCCAUCAUCAUUAG